GUCGACAUGUCGUUGACGUUUCUCUUGCGCGACUGUAAUAAAUAAAUUUAAUGGUCGAAGCAUAGCGGCAACCGCGAAACGAUUUGGCGAAAUAAUUGGAUUUUGUUUUGUUAAGCUUAUUAGCAAAGUACCUAGUGAAAAUAUUGGUUGAAUAAUGCUGUUCUACUCGUUCUUCAAAUCGCUAGUCGGAAAAGAUGUGGUGGUUGAGCUGAAAAACGAUCUCAGCAUUUGUGGUACACUUCAUUCUGUUGAUCAAUAUCUAAACAUUAAAUUGACCGAUAUCAGUGUUACCGAUCCAGAGAAAUAUCCACACAUGCUAUCUGUCAAAAACUGUUUCAUCCGAGGAUCGGUCGUGCGAUAUGUGCAGCUUCCAGGAGAUGAAGUCGAUACACAACUAUUGCAGGAUGCUGCUCGCAAGGAAGCUGUUACAAGCGUCCGAUAAAAUUAAUUAAAAAUCUGAUAUAAUGAUAAUACUAUAAAACCAAUUCUCCCAUA